AUGCUAUCAUCCUUCAUUCGUGCCACCCCUCGCGCCUUUAGGUAUGCAUCUUUGCAGCGGAGCACUCCGCUAGCGUCCGCGUUCGUUGUCACACCGCUACGUUUCUACUCUGCCGCGCAGUUGAACCGUGACGAGAUUACCAAGCGGAUCAUCAACGUAGUCAAGGCUUUUGACCGUACCCCAACAUCUGCGGAAGUCACCGAGAAGUCUGUCUUCUCCAAGGAUUUGGGCUUGGACUCGCUUGACGUUGUGGAGCUAUUGGUCAGCGUGGAGGAGGAGUUUGACAUUGACAUCCCGGACAAGGUUGCGGACGAGAUCAAGUCUGUAUCCGAGGCCGUGGACUACGUUGCGUCGACCUCUGACGCAGCCUAA